AUGGCUGAUGCUGCAGUGGUGUGUAGAGAGCUGGACUGUGGAGAACCUGUAGAUGCUCUGAGUGAUACUCAGGUUGGACUCGGAUCAGGACCAGUCUGGAUGAAUAAUGCAAUGUGUGCUGGAUCUGAGUCCACACUGAAAAAGUGUGGAUCUGUCAUAUGGGGUUUACAAGGUGUGUGUCAGAGCAAGAGUGCUGGAGUCGUCUGCUCAGGAGACGCUCAGAUGUGGACACAAGAGAUUCAGUGCAGAGGAAAUGAGUCUCAGAUUCACCUCUGUCCAACAUCUCUGCCACACAAAUACAACUGUUCACAUGAUAAUGAUGUUGGAUUGGUGUGUGCAGACAGUGUGAAUGUAAGGUUGGUUGGUGGUCACAGUCACUGUGCUGGUAGAGUGGAGCUUCUUCAUAGAGGUCAGUGGGGAACAGUGUGUGACGCUGGUUGGGAUAUGGCUGAUGCUGCAGUGGUGUGUAGAGAACUGAACUGUGGAGAACCUGUAGAUGCUCUGGGUGAUGCUCAUUUUGGACCAGGAUCAGGACUAAUCUGGACAAAUCGUAUGUUGUGUACUGGAUCAGAGACUACACUGAAGAACUGUGGAUCAGUUCAGUUGUAUGAUUAUAACUGUAAUCAUGAUACAGAUGCUGGAGUCAUCUGCUUAGGAAUCAGGCUGGUUGGGGGUUCUCGCUGCUCUGGGAGGUUAGAGAUGCUUCAUGAUCAGAUGUGGAUGUCAGUGUGUGACGCUGCCUUUGACCAGCAGGAUGCAGAGGUUGUGUGUAGAGAGCUGGACUGUGGGGCUCCUGUACAGGUGCUGGGAGCAGCUGCUUUUGACAAAGGAGACGCUCAGAUGUGGACACAAGAGAUUCAGUGCAGAGGAAAUGAGUCUCAGAUUCGAUUGUGUCCAGCAUCACAGAAACACAGCUGCUCUCAUGAUGAUCACCAGGCGCUUCUGUGUGCUGAUGUAAUGCAUGUGAGACUGGUAAAUGGUAACAGUCCUUGUGCUGGCAGAGUAGAGGUUCUUCAUAGAGGUCAGUGGGGAACAGUGUGUGGUGAUUUCUGGGAUUUGCCUGAUGCUGCAGUGGUGUGUAGAGAGCUGGACUGUGGAGAACCUGUAGAUGCUCUGGGUCUUGCCCAUUUUGGUCAAGGAUCAGGACCAAUCUGGAUGAGUGUUUUAAUGUGUUUAGGAACAGAGUCUACACUGAAGAACUGUGGGUCAGCAGGAUGGAAUAAACCUGUCUGCACUCAUAAUCAUGAUGCUGGUAUCAUAUGCUCAGGUCAUAAACGCUCCAGACUUGCUGAUGGGUCUAAUCUUUGCUCUGGGAGGUUAGAGAUACUUCAUGAUCAGACAUGGGUUUCAGUGUGUGAUGCUGCCUUUGACCAGCAGGAUGCAGAGGUUGUGUGUAGAGAGCUGGACUGUGGGGCUCCUGUACAGGUGCUGGGAGCAGCUGCUUUUGGCAAAGGAAUCGCUCAGAUGUGGACACAAGAGAUUCAGUGCAGAGGAAAUGAAUCUCAUAUUUCAUUCUGUUCAGUAUCAUCACUCAAACACAACUGCACCUUUGACAACAUUGUGGGCCUGAUCUGCUCUGGUUACACUGAUCUCAGACUGAUAAAUGGCUCAGACACUUGUUCUGGAAGAGUGGAUCUUCAGUUCCUCAAAGAGUGGGGCACCGUGUGUGAUGCAUGCUGGGAUAUGGGAGCUGCCAAUGUCCUCUGUAGACAGCUGAAUUGUGGGAUUGCUGUGUCUGUUGUGGGAUCAGACUGGUUUGGAGAGGGAAGUGGUGAAAUCUGGGCUGAUGUGUUUGAUUGUGACGGGAAUGAAACAAAACUCUCAGAAUGUUCCAUCUCUUCAUGGAGUCGAGCUGAAUGUUCUCACAGACGAGAUGUUGGAGUCAUCUGCUCUGAUUCCUCUCUGGCUCUUCAUGAUGGUCUGGUGCGGUUGUCUGGAGAGAGACAGUGUGAGGGGGAGGUGGAAGUUUUCAUACAUCAGGUCUGGAGGAGAGUUCUGCUGGACUCCUGGAGUCUCACUGAAUCCUCUGUGGUCUGCAGACAGCUGGGCUGUGGCUCUGUGCUGAACUUCUAUGGCUCCUCUCCAUCCAGUCCUGAACACAGUCAUGAGUGUGUGACGGGUUUCCAGUGCUCUGGGAGUGAAGCUCAUCUGGGGAACUGCAGUUCUCCACAAACUCUCAACUGUAGCUCCACACAACAGCUGUCAAUCACCUGCCUUGGUCGUGGGUCCAUCAGGCUGGUGGGUUCUGGGGGAGACUGUGCAGGGAGGCUGGAGGUUUUUCACAGUGGCUCAUGGAGGACAGUGUGUGAUGACUCCUGGGAUAUUAAAGAUGCUUAUGUGGUGUGCAGACAGCUGCAGUGUGGAGUGGCCCUCAGUAACCAGCAGGUACCAGCCUGGUUUGGUCCUGGUUCUGGACCCAUAUGGCUGGAUGAGGUGGAGUGUGAGGGGAAUGAGACGUCCCUGUGGAGCUGCUCUUCUCCAGGCUGGGGAAAACAUGACUGUCAACACAAAGAGGAUGUUGGAGUCGUGUGCUCAGAGUUUAAAGAAAUCAGGUUAACUGAGGGCUGUGAAGGGAAUGUGGAGGUUUUCUACAAUGGAUCCUGGGGAAAUGUGUGUUACAACAAGAUGGACAGAGACACAGCGAGUCUGAUCUGUCAAGAGCUGAACUGUGGAAGAUCUGGUGUUUUGUCUGAUUCUACAUCAAGAGUGAAAUCAGCUCGUAACUGGCUGGAUAAAGUAACAUGUCGACCACAUGAUUCCUCUUUAUGGCAGUGUCCAUCUUCAUUCUGGGGACAGAAUAACUGUGGUGACAAUGAAGUGGCCACAAUCAUCUGCUCAGAACAGCAGAUCCAUGAGUUUCCUCGAAGCUCUCUAACAUGCUCCACAUCUCCCCAUCAGAGACAGUGUUCAGAGCAUCUUCCUCUCAGACUGAGUGGAGGGGAGGGCCGGUGCUCUGGGAGGCUGGAGGUGUAUCAUAACGCUGUGUGGGGCUCAGUCUGUGAUGAUAACUGGGACAUCAGCGAUGCUCAGGUGGUCUGCAGGCAGCUGGGUUGUGGAGCAGCACUGAGGGCUGAUGGGAAUUCAGUCUUUGGUGCUGGUGAAGGUGUUGUGUGGAUGAACAGAGUCGAGUGCAGAGGGAAUGAGAUUCACCUGUGGGACUGUCCUCUCUCCCUGAAAAACCACACCGACUGCUCCCACAAAGAACACGCUGGACUCACCUGUGCAGAUUUUCCAGAUUUGUCAGUGUCCACUACUUCUGCCACAACAACAUCAGCUUCUCUUCCAGUGCGCUCAACAUCAGUCUCUCCUCCACAAACUCCUCCAUCAGCGUCUCUCUCCGUCCCCGCAGUGCUUGUGAUUGUUCUGGGAGUUGUGCUCUUACUGCUCUUAGUGCCACUGCUUAUACUGAUUCAGCAGAACAGAGUGAUGAGGAGAGCUCUCUCUAAGAGGAGACACAGGACGACAACUGAGGCCGUUUAUGAGGAGAUUCAGCACAGACCCACUAACAGACACAGUCUCUUCACUCAGAGGGGAAGUGUCCUUUCUGAAGAACAGCAUUCUGGGUAUGAAGAUGCUGAUGAGCUUCUUUCAGAAGAGCAACAAAUCACACCAGAGAACUAUGAUGAUGUAAUCACUGUUGGACUGAGACAUCAUGCUACAG